GUGCUGUUGUCAAGGCAGAUGACAAUGUAGAGAAGACGGAGGAUGAGGAGAAGGGAUGGAUGAUCUUGUAUCCUGCCCCAAGGACUUAAUUGUAAGACAUGUCCUUCCUCCAUAAUACUUUUAAAGCCAUUGGGUCCUGUAAUAACUUGGGAGACUCCUGGAUUAGAGUGGAGAGAAAUAAGGGGAUAGCAGUAUCCUCAAAGGCAGGACUGGAUACAGGAGCAGUUGGAUAACCCUGGAGCUGGAAUUGCUGUAGCAACCAACAUGUUGCGUUUAUGAAAUGGCGGUUAAAAGAGGACAGAGCUGCCCAGUCCUUGUUGAACAAGCUAAUUCGCAGUAAUUUGGUUGACACAACAAAUCAAGUGGAGGUGCUGCAGAGGGAUCCCACAUCGCCUCUCUACUCCGUGAAGUCUUUUGAGGAGCUGCGACUGAAACCACAGCUCCUGCAAGGAGUCUAUGCCAUGGGCUUCAACAGACCAUCUAAGAUACAAGAGAAUGCCCUGCCCAUGAUGCUUGCUGAACCCCCACAGAACUUGAUCGCACAAUCUCAGUCCGGUACUGGCAAGACGGCUGCCUUUGUCCUGGCCAUGCUCAGUCGUGUUGAACCUGGGAACAAGUAUCCACAGUGUUUGUGCCUUUCCCCAACAUACGAGCUGGCACUUCAAACAGGAAAAGUGAUUGAACAGAUGGGAAAGUUUUAUCCAGAGCUGAAACUUGCAUAUGCUGUCCGAGGCAAUAAAUUGGAGAGAGGUCAGAAGAUCUCCGAGCAGAUUGUAAUCGGCACACCCGGCACUGUGCUGGACUGGUGUUCCAAACUGAAAUUCAUAGAUCCCAAGAAAAUCAAAGUGUUCGUCUUGGAUGAGGCUGACGUGAUGAUAGCAACCCAGGGCCAUCAGGACCAGAGCAUCCGCAUUCAGAGAAUGCUCCCCAAGGACUGCCAGAUGCUUCUGUUUUCAGCCACUUUUGAGGAUUCUGUGUGGAAGUUUGCUCAAAAAGUUGUUCCUGACCCAAACAUUAUCAAACUGAAGCGAGAGGAGGAGACACUGGACACUAUUAAGCAGUAUUACGUUCUGUGCAAUAACAGAGAUGAGAAGUUCCAGGCUCUCUGUAAUAUCUACGGCGCUAUCACCAUUGCCCAGGCCAUGAUCUUCUGCCAUACUCGGAAGACAGCUGGCUGGCUGGCGGCAGAGCUCUCAAAGGAAGGCCAUCAGGUGGCAUUACUCAGUGGGGAAAUGAUGGUGGAACAGAGAGCUGCGGUGAUAGAACGUUUCCGAGAGGGCAAAGAAAAGGUGCUGGUGACCACAAACGUCUGUGCCAGAGGGAUCGAUGUAGAGCAGGUCUCAGUUGUUAUCAAUUUUGACCUUCCUGUGGAUAAAGAUGGAAAUCCAGAUAACGAGACUUAUCUGCACCGGAUUGGACGUACAGGUCGCUUCGGCAAGCGAGGACUGGCUAUUAACAUGGUGGACAGCAAGCACAGCAUGAAUAUUCUCAACAGAAUCCAGGAACAUUUCAACAAAAAGAUAAACAAAUUGGAUACUGACGACUUGGAUGAAAUUGAGAAGAUAACUAACUGAAGUACAGCUGCUGGAACUGGUGUGUACCCUGCUGUGGAAGUUCUCCCACUACAAUUGGAUCAGCGUUCAGAUUGGCACGCCUCUCAGCUAGUCCCGAAAAGGACUCUUUAAGAUAUGAGUACACAAAAAUUACCUCAUUUUAAAAAUUGCAGUUGGACUUCAAAUUGUGCAACUAUGGGGAGGAAGAGGAAAUGUUUACAGAAGCUUUUAACAUUUCUUGGUUUAGCCUUAAAACGGGAAGAUCUUUUGAAUUCUAAGAAAUACACUUGCCAAAAAAUGGGCAGUAUGUAAUUAUCUAAAACAAAUUAAAAAAAAAAAAGCUUUAUUGCUUUUAAUUGGAAUAAAGUUCAGCAUUAACUUAAUCAGUUAAAAUUCAACAGCCGAAUAUAUAAUGGACUUACAUAAGAAAAACCCAAAAACCAAAACACAAAAAAAAAAAACAAACAAGGCAGCUGGUUUUUGGCUAAAUACUCAACUUGUACAAAAUAGAAUGUCAUUCUCUUUGGCGCUCCCCUGAGCUCUUUAAGACUCAUUUCUGGCUUCCUGAUGGAUUUGCCCUGCUUUUCCUUACGUAAAUUGUCCUAAGGAUGUCUCCAGUAGCUCAUACUCGCAAACACAGGUGCCGUGUUGCUUUUGCUGGGCGGUAUUUUCUUUUAAUUUGUCCUUGAUUUGUUAGAAUGGCCACUAUACGUAAAGCGGUGCGGUGGUGACAGUGCUUAAGUAUGUACUCUAGAAGUUCAUCUGAAGCGUUUAACCUCGCCAAGGUGUAGGUGGUUUGGGUGGGGAGGGAGGGGCAGUAUGAAGGGAACUGUACUAAUUAAUUUUUUGAAUAAACUCACCUCCAUAAAAUGCUAAUGACUGUUGGGAGUGGGGUUUGGUCACCUUUAGGCAGGUGGUGCCAGUUCUAAGAUGCUGCUGUGAAGCUCCGCGUGAAUAAUGUACAGAGCUGCUGGGCUUCACCGAUCAGUAAUAGGGGUAAAAGAAAAAAAUCAUGAUAGCUUGUAUUGACCAAAAAAAAAUACCUUUAGAACACCAAAUUUAGCUGUUACAGUAUGUUUCAGUACCAGAGUUUUGAGUUAAAUUGCUCAGCCAAAUUGCAGACGGGAAGCGCUCCACUUUCAUUGUGCUCGUAGUGCAAAACAGGUCAUCGGUCCCUCGCCCCAGGGUGAUCCUUGCCGGAGAAGGAAUGAUUUGCAACUCCUGUGCUCGGGCUUUCAGUUCAGUCGGGACCAUUCUCAUGCGCACAGCUGAAAACCUGUGGGUUGUUCCCCCAGCCCGGUUUCCAGGAGAAGGAGGCUCCUGAACUAGAACUUAGGGUGCACAGCUCUUUUUGGGGAAAAUGGGACAUGCGUGAGCAGCCAUCAGCCUGCUACUCGGUGCAGGAAUCACUUCAAAACAAAUGUAUAAAUUGUAAAUUUAACUAGGAAUUUUCUUUGCAAUUUUGGCCAUCAUAUUCUGUUCAAAGACAGGAACAUGGAUCCUUUUACCAAGUAAAAAAAGGCUCAUUUAAAAUGUACCUAAAAUUUUAGGAAAUUGUGCACCCUUUUAUCAAUUUGUAUAAAGGCUUUAGUGAAAAAAAAAAACAACUGUUAAAAUUAAACUUUUUGUAUUCUGGGGUGUAUCUAUUUUUAUUCUGUUGGAAACCUAUUUAAAGUGGCAGGUGAGUGAGUGCUUGCGUGUCGAGUGGAAGACUUGUUUCAAUCACCUACUUUAAUAGUACAGCUGAAUGACCUCGUGACAGCAGAGUAUUGGGUUGAAUUGUCAUGAAAGCUGCUGCUGGUCCUGUGUGCUGUUUCUAAUGUACUUUUAAUUGGAAUAAAGAACACAUACUGAA